CUGCCAUGUGGUAAGGUUGCAGAAUCGCCCGAUAUCGCCACUGUAAUCGCCUUCCUCGCUGAUCGCAGUCAACCUUCCUACAUUGUCAGUCAAACGAUUGUCGCCGAUGGCGGAACGUCGAUUGUGACGGCAGCAAAUGCUGCACGUGCUCCUUUAGAGAAGAACCUGUAA